AUGGUUCAAUCUGCUCAGCCAGAUGAAAUGCUCACCAAAUUUCUCAAGUUUGUCCAACUUGAGGAUUGCUUGGAGCUUUUAGCUGACAAGCUUGAGGUUACAUGUUUUGCGGACCUAAAGAAGUUAGAAGAGGACUCGUUACGGAAAGUAUUGGGAGGACCCGCAACUAAGCGCCUCCUGAAAAAGUAUCGAGGUUACAAGAACAAAGCGAAGGAUCCAAAACCAUCAGAAAUGCGUCCUUUGUCUGAAUUUCUUGCGGAAUUAAAUUUAAAAUCUGCAGAAGAUGAAUUAAGGACAAAGCUUUUUAUUUCGCGUUUGGAACACUUCGAAUUUGCAACUCAAAGCGAUCUAGAAGAGAUUAUGGAUAAGGACUCGGCGCAGAAAAUUUUGCGUGCCUAUUCAAAAGAAAAUAUGAGGAAGUUAACAGAAAAGGCUCGUGAUGUCACCCAGAAGGUUCUCAGACCCAUCUUUGGCUGUGUGAUGUCUUCACUGCCCCAUUUGCUCACUCCCAGAUCGGCCCCGCAUAAUGAGAUAAACGUGGAGGUGAAAAUAGAGAAGUCAAACAGCAAACACAAGGUGGAAAAGCUUAUUGUGCAUGUAAUUGUGUUGGACAAUUUAGACGGCUAUAUGCUCGUUGGUAACGCUUGUUACUCUUCAGUCGCCACAGUGUUAGACCCCGCAACGACAGUCUAA